ACACGCUAUAGCUAUAAUAUCUGGUGCACAUAAAUAUAUUACGAUGAUAAAUAAUACCCCUCGUAUAGAGUACUUAUGAUUUCGUUCGUUUUGACAAUGUAGUAGCGUGUGGUUCGUUCGCGUCCCGACAAUGUUGCAUGAUAAUACCGAACCGGUGUAUUUAAAGCGUCGGGAUUUUGCCGAGUCCGCGUACGGACAGCAGCAGCCUCAACCGAGUGCGUUGCAGUUAGCUGAUUCGGCGUUUAAUUCAAAAGACAACACGGAAAAAAAUACCAAACUUGAAAUACAAGACGAACUUGGUAUGCCGGUAAACUACGUAAGAAUUAAAGCCUUGGAAGAUGAUAUUCGGAUGAACAUAAUUAGCGAUGAAAAUUCAUUGCACAGAGCCAUCACUCCAGUUUUAAUUUUAGCGCAAAUUUGCGCUCUUUUACCGGUUCAAGGCAUUUUAGGAAAAAAUACUAGUUAUUUAGUUUUCAAUUGGUUCAGCUGUACAGUUAUUUAUGUCUUCAUUGUGAUAGCUGCGUCUCUCUUAAUUCUUUCAUUUUCUCUCAUCAAAAUAUAUAUGACCGGACUGACGUAUUACAGCACAGGAGAAAUUAUGUUUUUCGGAAGUUCACUGGUAAUUUAUAUUAUAUUUAUUCAUUUGGCAAGGGAAUGGCCAAAAGUUAUGGAAAAAUGGGAACUAAUGGAACGUGAAAUGAGACAAUUUGGUUAUCCCCCCAAAAUGGCUUUUAAGUUCAAAAUUCUUACAAGUAUUGUAAUGGUGCUUGCUAUAAUUGAACACUCUGCUUCCGUUUUAACGGGAAUAAUGAAAGCAAUUCCUUGUUCGACGGGUGGACUUGAUAUUUUUCGAGCUUAUUUCUCCAUGUCUUUUCGACAAGUCUUUACAUUGAUUAAUUAUUCACUUGUAAUAGCAAUACCUUUGGGACUUUUUAAUUUUAUGCUUGCUUGUGCUUGGAAUUAUAUGGAUUUAUUUAUUAUCAUACUAUCAAGUGCUUUGGCCGAUAAAUUUAAGCAGCUUAAUCAAAAACUAGCUAGUGUCAAAGGAAAGGUACUUCCAAGUACGUAUUGGCGGAAGUCCAGAGAAACAUAUAACCUGUUAGCGUCGUUAACUAAAGACUUUGAUGAGUUUUUGUCACCAGUGAUAUUAUUAUCAUUUGCUAACAAUUUGUACUUUAUUUGUUUACAGCUUCUAAACAGUUUGAAACCAAUGCACGAUGUUUGGGAGGCUAUUUACUUCGUGUUUUCAUUUACAUAUUUGGUUGGAAGAACAUGUGCUGUAUCUUUAUACGCCGCAUCCAUAAACGAUCAAAGCAAAAAACCGAAAGCCAUCCUAUUUUCUGUACCGACUGAAAGUUAUGGAGUAGAGGUAGCAAGAUUCCUAAUGCAAGUGACAUCUGAUGAAUUAGCAUUGACUGGAUGUAAUUUUUUUUCAGUAACUAGAACAUUAAUGUUGACGGUUGCUGGGACUAUAGUCACAUAUGAGAUCGUAUUAAUACAAUUCAACAGUGUGAAUAGCGAAGUUAAUGAUCAAAAUAAUACUAUUAUUUAUUGUCCAUAAUUAUUUUAAUUUAUAUUUAAUACCUAUAAAUAUUCUAGAUAAAAAGUAUAAGAACUAUAAUAACAAGUAGUAUUGUUAAAAUCUCUUACUUAGUUUUGAACA